GGAGAACUACUCCGGUCCCGAGUAUCCUUUGUAAAUAAGUAUCGCACUAGUAUCGACUAAAUUUCUGUUGCAGAUAGAUAUGCGUGCCAAAGUUUUUUCUUAAGGUAAAGGUAUUAAACCAAGAGCAUGACAAGAAAGAACUCAAAGGUUUUUCAUGCAGACCAAGAAUCUUGUAUGUGAAUGCGAUUUAGACGACACGACUACUAGCGCGAUAGUAGUUUUGCAAGGUCGAUAUCGAGUCCUACGUGGCAAACCUGAUGAAGGAGGGCGACAGCUCCUGGCUUCCCAUAGGAAAAUGCCGGCUUGUCGACGCCGCAACGGCAAAAAUCGAGGAGGCGCACCAGCAUAAGAAGUGAAGUAGUAGCCUCGUGCUCGUACGAGGAAUAAAAAUAGAAGGGGCAGGCCGGGAAACUUCAAAAAUGAUCUUCGUCCUCCGUUGAAAAUUGCUUUCCUCGAGCUCGACUUACACUUUGCCAUGCAGGAAGAUAGCUGCGAAAUACUAGAACGAAGUACUACACAGGAACUUAAGUAUCAAAACUGUUAUUUCCAGGAAUGAUCUUACUAAGCAAAAUAACGUAAAAGAAUCUGCGUCUAGAAGUUUCUAAAAAGAUUGCCCUUGACGAAAGGCUGUGAAAUAAAUCUGCUGAAUACUUUUGCAUGCUUUCUCCAGUACAGACAACUUGAUAGUAAUAGAAACACAAGAGUCAGCAUCUCGCUUGUGGGUCCGAAUAGAGGUAAGUAGAAGUACACCUGUCGAGCUUUCGCUGCAAUAGCGUUGAGUGACGAGGCUGUAAUAAUUUGUUUUCGCGGUGAAUGAUGUAUACGAAUCUUUUGGAUGAACAUGGGCCGGAUAGAAGUAGGCUGUUCAAUAUUCAGUUUCUUUUGUAAUCACACACCUGCAGUUGAUGCCGUAAAUCCUAUUAACAAAAAGAAGCUGAGCAAUUUCUUUUUCUGAAUUCCAAAGGUGGUGACUGAAGAACUUGUAACCUUUUGGUACUAUGAAAGCCGGCAUGCCACAUGGAUAAGUAUGUGCCCCCGUGUGUUUGGCAAGCUGCUCAACACCUUCUAAAGGGCACGUCGGGAAAUGCAAGCUACAAUUGCAUUUGUAAAGAGGAUGAAAAUUAGAAUUACAACAUGAUUUUUUCAAAGGCAGCCCACAGCUACUUACAACCUUCUCACCCGUCGUCUUUGAAGACAAAGUUUGGUGUGUAAUCUUGAAAAAAUGAAAAAUCGUAUCGUCGCUGAAAAUCAUAUCGAUAGCGCAGGAAAAAUCUUUGCGGCGCACGUAGAUGACCACCUGGAG